GCGGUCACGAUGUAGCUAUUCUUAACCGCGUUCAAGUUUAGCAAGAUGUCAUCGCGCUGCGAAUAUCCCGUGCUUUUCGCGUAGCACUGCUACACUCACAGAUGUCGAUUAUCCUUCUAAUGCGCUUCUCGUGUUUCUAGCGUAAAAUGAUGCAGACCAUACUUGUAUGUUUUAAUUUACUGUUGCUGUGUGCGUGUUUAGGUGCAAAUGCUGUUCCUGAUAUUCCGACCCAGCCUCUCCAGUGUGUGGAGAGGCCGGCACCAGGGCGGGACGGUAGAGAUGGCCUUCCAGGCGCUGCCGGGACGGAUGGAAGAGAUGGCCUUCCAGGCGCUGCCGGGACGGGUGGAAGAGAUGGCCUUCCAGGCGCUGCCGGGACGGAUGGAAGAGACGGCUUGCCGGGACGAGAUGGGGAGAAGGGCCUUCCGGGUAACAUGGGAGCCACAGGUGAGAAAGGUAAUGCGGGAGUGAGGGCCGCUCCAGCUGAAUGCCCAGCGUGUGCGGCUAGGAAGAUUCACCAGUGCACGUGGGAUAAUGCUGGCGACGAAAAAGAUAGCGGAUUGGUUCAUCAAUGCAGCAUUACAAAGCUGAGGGAUGACACCGGGCUGCACGUCAGAUGGAUAGGCAGCAUUCGUAACAUCAGGACCGGAGCCAAGCUGUGCAGUCGCUGGCACAUCGCCUUCAACGGCAACGAGUGUGGCAACCCGGCCCGCAUUGACGCCCAACUCUACAGCAGUCUGGAGGGACUAAACAUACACAGGCCUUCGAUACGUACGUAUCUUGAAGGCAUCUGUUAUGGCCUGUCUACUGGUAUAGUGAACGUACAGCUGUACGUGGGAGACUGCAGGAAUCCAGCACAGCACCCCCACGGCGACAGCUACACUUCCUGGGAUAGCGUCUCACGCAUGAUCAUCGAGGAAAUACCGCUUGCGUAAAUCCGUUGACGCUUUUAAGCUCAUGCAUUUCUAUCUAUCUAUCUUGAUAUAUAUAUAUAUAUAUAUCCUUUUGGCCUGUGACCUAUGCGAUCAAAAACGAAUAUAGAUUACUGUACUUGUGUCCAAGUAAAAGUAAAUCGUAAAGUAAUCGAAGUUUUUCAAUCUGAUGAGGUCACAUAUAAAACGGUAUGUCGCAUAAAGUAGAGACAUCUGUACAUUUGUACAUCUAAGAUCAAUUGCCAUGUUUGUCGAGUCUAUUACCCGCACUUAACGUAUUCAAGUGUCCACACAGGCAUAAUCAUUAUAGGAUUAGCUGGUCGGGCUGUUACCACAGUUAGGUUAGUUAUGACAAUCAUAAGCUACUAGUUACAAACACGUCAACUUCAAUAGUCGAUGAAACUUAAAACAAUGAUAGACUUCUUUAUUUGCAAUCUCUAUAAUCUCUAGUAACAAACCAUUAUCAUAAAUAUGGACAGUAAAUGCAAUAGACAACGAUUCUCAAUAGGUUUAUUAUAAUCGAUGUAUUCAUAUAGUAGCCAGCUUGGUGUUGGCAUUGACUUCAGCCGUUUUCAUGAGAAAUGGGUACUUGUGUUUUAAUGGAGAUGCAUCGCUUCGUACCAUGACAAUAGUUACCAUCAACUACCUUGUAGUAACUACAACAAACAUACCUUAUAGUCACACAUGUAUCUACCAGGUAAAUGACACCAGUCCAGCCCUAAUAUUAUUCUGAGGUCCUUGAAUGUAUCAAUAAAUGUUCUAUUUUCAUGUUC